AUUUAUGUUUGUAGCAUUUUAUUUACCAAAUUUAUAUAAAGAUUUCGCAAGAUUUACUUAAAUUAUUUAUUUUGAAAAAUCGUUUAAAUUUGCAAGUUUAGUUUUUUUAUCAAGCACCAAACUCGAUGACUAACAAACGCAAGUUUGUGAGAGAAGAAAAGGUUGAAGCAGACAGUGAUAAGAUUGGAAAUGUAGAAGACGAGGUACCGAAGCAACUAGAAGAAACUGAUCAUAACUUAUCCACAGAUUUAGAUAAACCGCUGAGCUCUUUAACAUCUGAAUCGAUAAUUAAUCAUGUGCAAUCUAUAAUUGAUGAUAUGGAAGUCAAAAGAAAAGAUGACGAAACCCUAAUCGUAGAGUUUCGAAAAUCUAUGGAGAUACAAACUGAAAUCUGGUGUGAUCUUUUGGAAAAGACACUUGCAAAAGUUUACAUGAAAAAUAACAAUACUUGUCAAGAAAAGUUUCAACAGCUGCAUACCAUAUUAGGACGAAUAAGUCAGCUUGAACAAGAAAUGUCUUCUUUUAAACAAUCUUUAAAUUCAUUGUAUGCUGAAGUACAAGCUACCUAUCCAUCAUUGCAGUAGCAAGCAUAAACUAUUUUAAUUUUUAAUUAUAAUGAUAAAGUUAUAGGUGUCUAUGUAUAUAAAACAUUUAAAUA